AUGUAUUCUGCCAACUACGGCUUUGGCAAUGCCGCGCCCAACUUCAACAACCCCGCGGGCACACCGCAGCCGGGAAUGCAGCCGGGCCAGCAGGUCAUGUUCAACCGCCAGCAGCAAUUCGCCGGCAUGGCUCCUCAAGGGGGGUUUCCUGGAGCGAACCCGCAUAUGAUGCCCGAUGCCAGCGCCGCGGCCAUGAUGCAGUCGCAGGGCAUGCCGGGCAUGGCGCCGAACAGUCAGACAACAGUGGCCUACCAGCAGCAAUUCCCCGGCGCGUCCUACGGCCAAGUCCUCCCCACGGGCGUCGGGCCACAGGGCUUCGUUCCGAAUAACUACAUGAUGGGUCCCGGCAUGCCAGGCUUCCCCAUGGGCCAGCCAGGCAUGCCCCAGCAGCAGCAGAUGAUGCAACGGAUGCAGCAGCAGCAGCAGCAGCAGCAGCCUCAGCAGCAAGUUCCGCAGCAGCAGCCCAACCAGAUGAUGGCCCAGGUGUCGACCCCGCAGAGACCCCCGAGCACAGCCCAAGGAACGCCGACGAACAUCAUGCCUCCCCAGCAGCCUCAGUUCUCGACUCCCCAGCCCAUGUCCCAGGGACAGACACCCACGAGCCAACAACCAAUGGGAUUGGGCACCCCCCAGACUCCGACCUUCUCCUCAAACCCGGCCGGCGGCAUGGCUGGCCCAUCGACGGGCGCGGUGCCCAUGAGCCCUACAACAGAGGCUCUGGAGAAGGAGAGGUUCGCCCUGCUGCUGGACAUCAACCAUGAGCUAUUAUACGAGUCGAUUCAGAUUCAGACAACGCUACAGGAAUUGAAAAAGGAGUUUACUGCUGUCAAUGGCAACAUCCCAGACAGGAAACCUUCCGAGGAGGAGAAUCAUUUCCAACAGGACUAUCUGCAUUGCAUGCGACGUUUACAAGCCAAUCUGUCCUACAUGGCUGCACUGGCAGACAGGAAGCCAGAAGUCAAGGGACCGCCCUGUCCAGCAUAUCUUAGCGCGCCUCCCCUGAAUCUGACUCUUCGGCCAAGAGGAGUCCCGAUUGGCGCCGAGAACUCAGCUACGCCUCCAGAUCCUGUAGUGGACAGGGAAGAGCGGAAUAAGUCGAUCAUGGACCUAUAUCGACGAUUACAAGCUGUUUUCCCCACAUUCGACCCGAAGAAGGAACCAGCUUUCCGCACGGCACCCUCUGGCCAGAAGCCUGGCAACCCAAUGGCACCGAGCCAACAAGCCAGUCCCGCCGCCCAGAGAACACCCCAGCUGCCGAACAUGCCUGGCCCGCCAAUGAAUUUACAGCCCAACUUGGCUCUGCAGUAA